AAAUUCAAAAACUCAAAAAAUUCCGCCUUCCAAUCCAAUUUUCCACCUUAAAAUUUAAAAUCCCCUCGUUUCACUCCCAAACAAACCCUCACAAAAGCCAACCAAAAAAACCUUUUUCUCUCUCCUCCAUUUUUACGUCAAAGAUGAGAGAAAUUCUUCACAUUCAAGGUGGUCAAUGUGGAAACCAAAUCGGAGCUAAGUUUUGGGAAGUUGUAUGUGCCGAACAUGGUAUUGACUCAACGGGUCGGUACAAUGGCCAGUCGGAUCUUCAACUGGAGCGAGUUAAUGUGUACUACAAUGAAGCGAGUUGUGGGAGAUUCGUUCCUCGUGCUGUUCUUAUGGACCUUGAACCUGGUACCAUGGAUAGUGUUAGAUCUGGGCCAUAUGGACAGAUUUUCAGGCCUGAUAAUUUUGUCUUUGGACAAUCUGGAGCAGGAAAUAAUUGGGCGAAAGGUCAUUAUACUGAAGGUGCCGAACUUAUUGACUCUGUUCUUGAUGUUGUUAGGAAAGAGGCUGAAAAUUGUGAUUGUCUUCAAGGGUUUCAGGUUUGUCAUUCACUAGGAGGCGGCACCGGGUCUGGUAUGGGUACCCUUCUCAUAUCAAAGAUUCGGGAGGAGUACCCAGACCGAAUGAUGCUAACCUUCUCCGUCUUUCCAUCCCCCAAAGUGUCUGAUACCGUGGUGGAGCCUUACAAUGCAACACUCUCGGUACACCAGCUUGUGGAGAAUGCUGAUGAGUGUAUGGUGCUUGACAAUGAAGCAUUAUACGAUAUCUGCUUCAGAACACUCAAGCUAACAACUCCUAGCUUUGGAGACCUGAACCAUCUCAUUUCUGCUACAAUGAGUGGUGUUACUUGCUGCCUUCGUUUCCCCGGACAGCUUAACUCAGACCUCAGGAAGCUUGCAGUCAACCUCAUACCAUUUCCUCGUCUGCACUUCUUCAUGGUCGGGUUUGCUCCACUGACCUCUCGUGGGUCUCAGCAGUAUCGGGCCCUUACUGUUCCUGAACUCACUCAACAAAUGUGGGAUGCCAAGAACAUGAUGUGUGCUGCUGACCCUCGUCAUGGAAGAUACUUGACAGCAUCAGCCAUGUUCCGUGGCAAGAUGAGCACCAAAGAAGUUGAUGAACAAAUGAUCAAUGUCCAGAACAAGAACUCUUCCUACUUUGUGGAGUGGAUUCCAAACAAUGUGAAGUCAACUGUGUGUGAUAUUCCACCCACAGGCCUGAAGAUGGCAUCCACAUUCAUCGGAAACUCAACAUCAAUACAGGAAAUGUUCCGCCGUGUGAGCGAGCAAUUCACUGCUAUGUUCCGUAGAAAGGCCUUCUUGCAUUGGUACACUGGUGAAGGGAUGGACGAGAUGGAGUUUACUGAAGCAGAGAGCAACAUGAAUGAUCUGGUCGCCGAGUAUCAGCAAUACCAGGACGCAACUGCUGAUGAGGAGUAUGAUGAGGAGGAGGAUUACCCAGAGGAAGAAUAAACCUAAGCAUUAAAUGUGUUCAAUGUUCUUUAGGUUCAGACAGCUUGUCUACUUGUGAAAUGCUUGUGAUACAUACAAUUGUUGCUGGAUUUUUAUAUGGAAUAUGUGCAUGUGUGCUGACAUUUUAGUCAUCUACAUUUUUUAGUUUGAAAGUUUCUAAGCAUGGGACUUUUUUUCGUUUUCAAGAGAUUGCCACAUAGUUCUUUUGUA